AUGACGCCAUUCGCUGGAUUCUGUGCGUUCUCAUCUUGCUAUGUCAAUCUCUAUGGAUUCAUGUUCCCGAGGAUUGGUGCUGGUUAUGCCACCAAGACGGAAGAGUACAUGAACUGGAGUAUAGAAUAUCUUAACAGGUUCCGUGAAGUCUGGGAUCUCGGUGACGGAUGGCUCAAGACCAUCCAGAACGGAUCGUUGAUGUACCAGCGCGCAACAUCUGACGCCCAAAAAUACCGCGGGCGAUCUCGGUUUGACUUCAGUGUCUUGCAUCAGUCUGUUCACGAGUUCCGAGUAGUUGAUAGAUCUGCCCAACAUCUAGAGGAAAUCAACAACGCUGAGCGGGGUGCCGUCAGCUCGAGUGAGGGCAACAACGUAUCAGGCGAUAAGUCGAAUCAGAAUAUCGGCGGGUUAAACCCACAAGCCUUGAUAGACGCCGUUGGCAGCAUGGAUGAUCAAGGUCUUUGGCCAAAUUGGUGGUCAAUGCUGGAAGAUGUCGAUGCUUCAGAGAUCUUCACGAUGGGCUAG